ACAAACCACACACCACUGAUUCCAAUCAUGAACCACGCUUCUCUUUCAUGCUUCCUUCUCAUCUUCACCGUAGCCUUCAACUCCAUCAACCCCUCCUCUGCAAAAUCACAAACAAGCUCGGUGGAGAAAAUCCUUGAAUGGAGAAACAGCAAUGAUGAUAAUGGAUCACAAGAACAUGCCAAGGUACCUUUAUCAGGCCACAUGCUUCUUGCAUCACUCUUGUGUUUCGUGGCUUCUUCCAUAUCCAGUGCUGGUGGGAUCGGUGGUGGUGGCCUCUUUAUACCUAUACUCACCAUUGUUGCUUCUUUAGACCUCAAAACAGCUUCGUCUCUCUCUGCUUUCAUGGUCACUGGAGGCUCCAUUGCAAACGUUUUCUGCAACCUCCUCUGCACCACUAGUACUAGAUUUGGUGGCAAAUCAUUGAUUGACUAUGAUAUAGCUCUCUUGUCAGAACCGUGUAUGUUGCUGGGAGUGAGCAUUGGAGUUAUCUGCAACCUUGUGUUCCCAGAAUGGUUGAUCACUUUGUUGUUUGCCAUCUUUCUCACUUGGUCUACCUCAAAAACUUGCAUCAAUGGGGUACUGUUUUGGAAGGCCGAGUCAGAAGAGAUUAGGAAGAAAGGGUUUGAGGCAGUUGAGAAUGGGGAUAAUGCUGCUGAUGAAGAAGGCCAGAGGCUAGUUCAGGAGAACAAACAAGAGAAUGAUGAAGGGUUGAAGAGUCUUGAGCCUCUUCUUGCAGCUGAAGAGAAUAGAAAAUUUGGUAUCCCUUGGUUGAAAUUGGGGGUGUUGCUUUUAGUCUGGUUCUGUUUCUUCUUCCUCUAUCUUCUUCGUGGCAAUAAAUAUGGACAGAGUAUAAUUCCAAUGGAGGCAUGUGGUGUUGGAUAUUGGAUCCUCUCAUCAGUUCAAGUACCUCUGGCUAUAGGUUUCACUGCCUGGAUUGUGCUUAGAAAAGAAGGCCCAUGCCUAAGCAGAAGUGGGCAACCAAAUAAGAUGAUUUUUCCAGUGAUGGCACUACUAGCAGGGAUGCUGGGUGGUGUAUUUGGAAUUGGUGGUGGAAUGCUCAUAAGUCCACUUCUAAUUCAGGUUGGAGUACCUCCUGAGGUAACAGCAGCAACAUGCUCAUUCAUGGUGUUCUUCUCAUCUACCAUGUCAGCAUUGCAAUAUGUAAUGUUGGGAAUGGAACACAUAGAGACAGCAGUAACAUUGGCCAUAAUAUGUUUCAUUGCAUCACUCCUUGGGUUAUUAGUGGUGCAUAGAGCAAUCAAAAAAUAUGGAAGACCAUCCUUGAUAGUAUUUUCUGUUAGCUUAGUGAUGGCACUCAGCAUUGUCCUAAUGACUAGCUUUGGAGCCAUGGAUAUUUGGAAGGACUACAAGUCAGGGAAAUACAUGGGGUUCAAACAUCCAUGCUGAAUUUCAGUUUUAUAACCUUAGUUUUUUUUUUUUUUAAUUACAUACAUGGUACAUGGAGUGCAAUUUUGGACCUACUGAGAGUCACGGAAACAAAUUACUAAGAUAGAUAAUGUAGCCAAGCUUAUAGGAGUGAAAUUAAUAUGUAGCAUAGGCUUGACUGCUAAUAUAUUCUGACAUGUAAUAUCCAUGUGCAAUAACAUAUAACAGCUUCCCGGAAGAUGAAUCACAUGAAUGUAACUUUGUCAUUAUUUGGUUAGAGAAAUUCUUAUUGAAGAAAAGAGAGUACAGUACCUAAACAAAAUUAAGAAAGAAGGGAUGAGUAAAUUCAAGAAAUAGAAAAAUUUACGUUUCUCGGUUCUGUUGCUCACAACAGAAUAUAGUAUCUCAGAUUAUCUUUUUAUGUUGGGAUACUCAAAA